AUUAGAAGUAUUCAGUGGCGUACCACAAGGCUCCAUCCUCGGACCGCUCUUCUUCUUGGUUUUCAUAAACGAUCUUCCAUCAUGUGUCAUGUCCAAAUUGUUCGAUUAUGCUGAUGACUACAAAAUUGUAGGCGACAACCCUUUAACACUGAAUAUAGACCUUAGAAAACUGUGGCGUUGAUGUGACGAAAAUUUCAUGUCAAUGAACUUAGGAAAAAGUAAAGUGCUCUGCAUUAAAGGUACAGCUCCUAUUGCACUGCCAAACCAUGAAUUUGAAACAACUGAAUGUAUGAAAGAUCUGGGAAUUCUCGUAAAUGACACACUCUCGUGGACUCUGCAUGCAAAGAAAAGGACCGAAAAAGCCUUGAACGCUCUCUUCAUAUUAAAACGGAAUCUUUCAAAAGCGACGUUUUGGACCAGAAAGAACGCAUAUAUCUGUUAUGUUGUGCCCAUUUUAAACUACGGAUCAGCCCUUUGGAAACUAUCAAAAGGCGACUUAGGUACUCUUGAAAGUAUCCAGCGAAAAGCAGUAUCAUGGAUCUUCAUCACAAACAACAUAUCCUAUAAGGAUAAGCUCGUGAAACUCGAUAUCCUUCCAAUCUCCUUAUAUCAAGAACUUCGUGUUAUUCUCUUGUUUGCCAAAAUACUAACCGGAAAAGUUGACAUAGACUGGCGUAGUCAAGUAACCAUCACAGACAUCGGUACUCGAAGAACACAAGCAACACGAAAUUUUGCCUGCCAACAAAUACGUCUGAAGAAGUGUGAAUCAGAUUACUGGUUUCGAGCUUGCCGUCUGGCCAACCUUUUUAACGAUUACUUCAAAUUUGACAUAAUCUUUGAUCCAGGAUGCAAAAUUAAACUGCUGGAAGUUUAUACGAAGUUCUUCAAAACCCGCUACAACGAGUCAGAUUCAUGCACUUGGCGGAUAUUAUGUGGCUGCAACAACUGUAGAAUUGAAGAAACUUAACUUUAACAACUAAAACACGAACGUUGAACCUCCCAAUCACUGGUUUUAUGCGAACCCUUGGAUUAGUCCUAAAUCCUUUCACUUGUGUAAGUUCACGGACUCCAUGUAUACAGUUCAUCCAGGAUCUUGCCCGGCUUCUGUUUUCACGGUUGACCCACACGUUACUCCAAACUGUGUUAACGAAUGUACCGUAGAUUCAACGUGCCCAGUUAGUCACAAGUGUUGUGGACAUGUUCACUCAGCAUCUAAAAGUGUAUGUUUUUCCUGUAUGGAAGCCUUGAACCGCCAGUUUGAAUACCCGCCCUUGGUCAGCUCAUCGCUCAGAGUUAACGAAAAUGUAGAAACUUCCUCUUUUGAUCUGUCCUGGGACUCAUGGAGUGCUGUUGGAAAAACUGGGAAAAUUAUUUUUAUUGUGAGACAGCGAAAUACGACGGGGUUCUAUCCCAAAGAAGGGGUGUUGCCUAGAAAAAAGUGGAGUAUUAUUGGUGUAACUGAUCAGCGAUUUAUGAAUGUUCCUACAAAACCAGGGUGGUGGUCAGAGUUUCAAGUUGCAUCUGUUAACAGAUUUGGAUCCAAGGGUUUCGAAAAGUCAAGUGUUGUCAAACGUCUGAGCGGGGAUCCGAAGCCUCCGGAAGCGCCUGAUCGAGUUUAUGCCCACGUGACUCAAAUUGAGAGCAACAAGCUUCGGGUCAAUAAUGUUACCGUAGUCGAAGGCGAACAAUCGGAUCUCCCGGUAAUAGCAUACCAAGUUUCAUUUAUGUGUCGUCCUUCAACCAUUGCUCUGGAAUCGAAAAGGACAAUAGACUCAAGUUCGUGUCAGUACGGCAUAUGUCGUCUAAGUAUUUCUGACGAUGUAUUUUUCGCAUGUUCUCAAAUCCGCUUUUAUGUCACUGUGACGUCAGUUUGCGACGACUGGGGUCCGAUGAAGUUGAACAGCAGCCGAAUCAGUCGCGAACUGAUAGUGUCGCAGAGCUCCGAUAACCUGCGAGUUUUCGAUCAAGGAAGCAUGAUGCAGACCACAGAUGCUGAAGGUUCUAUGAAAAUAGAAAUAGAGGAUCGAAUAUUCUUCACAGACCACGUGAUCUUGGGCAUCAUUUGGAUUCCUCCGGUCAGCAAACGAUCUCUGAACUACACGAUGGAGUGGGUAAGAGGUUUCUGUUUUGACCCUGCAAGAAACUUUAUCGAGGAUCAUGAUCGGGGACGCAAAGACUUGAGGAAUGCGCAUAGAGAAGAUCUACGUGUUAGUUACGAAUGUGAAUAUGCUUUUCAAGUCAGAGGCAAAGAAAAAUCCAUUCAAAAAGACGUCUAUACAAAAAUGUUUAUCACGCCCAGUUGCGAAGAGCAUGCUAAGGUCUCAAAUAUCGAAAACUUAACAAUCUGUGGAAAAGCAUUGAAGUCUCCGCUUUCGCCGUUCAAUCCAGGACAAUUAGCAAAUCUAUCCUUUUUCUUCACCAACAAAAAUGUUGACGAAAAAACGAGAACUUUGACAAUUAACGCCGUUGCUAGAUGGGAAUUUGAUGAUGAUCAUUUCAAUAUUGUCACUAACGAACUAACAAAAAAGCGAUUUUCACCUGUUAUAGAAAUACUGGUGUACAAAAUACAUGAAAAAAUAGGAAUAAUCAAUUUAGCAGUACAGCCCUGUGGAAUCUAUCUAAAUGGAGAGAGGGACCCUAAAACAGGGGUAAUGUUACUACCCAAGUUAGUCAACUUAUUAGACUCAAAGUUGCCCAGACCCUGUGUGCUUCAUUACCCCAAUAAAUAUCGACUGGCUGCGCGUAUCGUGUACACGGAAGAGUUUUCGGCACAACCCAGUGAGACCCGGGGUCGCUGGUCGAGUGUUCUACUUGACACUUCAAUUAUUUCUUAUUUCGAUAUUUUCCCGCCUUGGAAGCAGGAUUUUUAUAGGAAAAUGGGAAUCAAUAACUACUUAGAGGCAAUCGAGUAUGAGCAGAAGCGUGCACGAAACUCACCCGACGGUUCGAAUGCUGGUCCCUCUUACCGUGUACAUACAGAUGAAUAUUACGAUUAUUACGAAGCAGCUACGGAAAAUGAUGCUGUUAUCAGCAGAGUAUCAAUGGAAAUAAACUACAUAAUAGUUAACUCGGGCUCUGAGUUAAAGUUGAACGUUUUAGUUCUUGUUAUUGUGGCGCUGUUUGUGAGUGGUUAAGCUUGCGCUUACUUGAAGAAUAUAUCUUUAAAAUAUUUUAAGUUAGUUAGCUUUGUAUACAAAAAUAGUAGUUUUAUUUU